AUGGCCAUGACCGCGAUCCACGCUGUGCCGGCGAAUACGGGCGGCGGUGGCAGCAGCAACGGGGGCCUGUGGACGCCGCCUGCCGGGUUCAAGAGUGCCCGGACGUCGACGGCAGGCAUGGUGGUCGGCAGCAUACCAAUAGGAACAGGAAGCAGCAAUGGCUGUACAGCCGACUCUAAGAGGGACGCGAGCGGCCCGUUGGGGUCAGGAAAACAUCCGGCCGACUAUGUGCGCAUACGCACGCUCGGAACAGGCACUUUUGCUCGCGUCUGCCUGGUCCGACGAGCGCAUCCACGCGACGAUGCCGAGGCACAGCAGGUGUUUGCGCUCAAGAUGCUGCGCAAGACGGCGGUGAUCAAGCUGAAACAGAUCGACCACGUGCGACACGAGCGGCAGAUCCUGCAGGACGUGGCGGGCCACCCGUUCAUCACGACGCUGCAGGCCUCCUUUUCGGACCACGACUUUCUAUACCUGCUGCUAGACUACGUUCCCGGUGGCGAGCUGUUCAGCUAUCUGCGCAAGUUCCGCCGCUUCGACGAGGCGACGGCGCGCUUCUACGCGGCCGAGAUCGUGCUGGUGCUGGAGUACCUGCACGAGCAGCAGGACGGAGUGGCGUACCGCGACCUGAAGCCCGAGAACCUGCUGCUGGACGCGGCUGGCCACGUCAAGCUGGUGGACUUUGGCUUUGCCAAGCGGCUGGGCGGUGGCCGUCUGCACCAGCAGAAGAAGCAGGCAGCUGCUUCGGGCGAUGUUCCGAUGGAGGACGCCAUAGCAACAGCCGAUCCGGCCAUCGAGACGUACACCCUGUGCGGCACGCCCGAGUAUAUCGCGCCCGAGGUGAUCCAGAACAUGGGCCACACGACAGCCGUCGACUGGUGGGCAUUGGGCAUCCUGGUGUACGAGUUCUUGACGGGCUAUCCGCCGUUCUGGCAUCAGAAUCCGCUGGAGAUCUACCGACAAAUCCUGGAAAAACCGGUCGUGUUCCCCCACGACCCCGUCAUCUCGCCGGCAGCCCAGGAUAUUGUGCGCCAGCUGUGCACGGUAGACCGGUCGCUGCGGCUGGGCAACAUCAGUGGUGGUGCGGCGCAGGUGCGGGCACACCCGUUCUUUGCCGGCGUCGACUGGGACGCGCUAUACGAGCGACGACAGGAGGGCCCGAUCCAGCCGCGGGUGCGGUUCAAUGGAGACGCACAGUGCUUUGACAUAUAUCCGGAAAACGACGUCGACUUUGAGCCAUACACGGACGACAUGGCGGCACAGUACGACAAGUUCUUUAUCGACUUUUAG